AUGGAAUUCUCAAAGGGGACGAAGGUCCAGAAAAGGAAAGUGAAGACUUCAGCCACUUCUGGUAAUACGGGUGGGUCAUCGACCAAUAGUUUGAUCCACCAGGCCUCUCAAUUAAAGAAUACACGUAUGAAUCAAAUGAGGAAACGAAAACGAGAUCUAUUAACUAGGAUUAAUUAUACUCAUACUUUCACUGUGGUAGUACUUCCAUUGUUAAUAUUCGGUUAUAUUUAUAAAUACUCAUUGCCCAUUAUACCCGAAAAUCAGGACACUUUAUACUUUUCAUGUAUAUAUUUCAAUUUUACAAUUCUAGCAUUUAAUUCGGGAUAUCAUAAAUAUUUUGCUCAUAAUUCUUUUAAAAUACGUUAUAAAUUCUUAUUAUAUUACUUUGCAGUGUUUGGAAGUAGUAUAGGUUUGGGAUCAAUUAGAUGGUGGGCAUCUUUACAUAGAGCGCAUCAUCAUUUUACUGAUGACACUGAAAGAGAUCCAUAUCUGAUCAAACGAGGUUUUGCAUGGGCACAUUGGGGUUGGUUGAUUAAGAAACCAAAAAUUGUUGCCUUUCAUCAAGAUUUUAUGGAACAGGAAUUCCCAGUAUCUUUAAAGGUUGUUAAUGAAGUCGAAGAAGAUGGGUUUGAAUAUAGUCCUCAUGAUACCAAUGAAAAUGAUUUGGAUGCUAUAGAUUUCUUGAAAUGGCAAGAGAAUUCAUAUUUUUCUAAUUUCAUUCUCACAACUUUCAUCAUUCCAGCAUUUGUUACGGCGUUCAUUUGCAAAGAUACUUUAACUAAUGGGAUUAUAUAUCCUGGUUUGUUAAGAAUGUUUUUAUGUCAGCAAUCAUUAUUGGCAACUGAAUCGAUAGGCCAUUUAAAAAACAUUCAAGUAAGUAUCCCUACUCAACCAUUUAAUGAUAAAAACUCAUCUCAAAACUGCAACAACCCAUUGGUUUCAUUAUUAACAUAUGGUCAAAGUUAUCAAAAUUAUCAUCAUGAGUUUCCUCAUGAUUAUAGAUCAACAUCAUCCUUUUUUGCCUUUGAUCCUACAAAAUGGUUUAUCUGGACUUUAGAUAAAGUAGGAAUUGUCGAAGAGUUAAGUGUCACUCCAGAUAACUUAAUUGACCAACUUAAAAUUCAACAGCAACAGGAGGUUCUUAAUAGAAUGAGAAGUCAAUUAAAUUGGGGAACUCCAAUUUCAAAAUUGCCACUGAUUACUCCAAAGGAUUUCAAACGUAUAAUAGGUUCAUCAACUAAUAAAGACAGAAUUUAUAUAAUUAUCCAAAAUAUAAUUCAUGAUAUUACACCAUUUAUGGAACAACAUCCUGGUGGGGUACCAUUAUUAAAAGCUUCUCAUGGUAAAGAUGCAACCAAAGCGUUCUUUGGUGGAGUCUACGGUCAUCUGACAGCAGCUCAGAAUCUUUUAGCCACAAUGAGAAUUGGGGUUUUAGAUGAUGGAAAUGAUGAAGAAGUUUGGGGGAGAGUUGUACGUGAAGAAGGUGAGGUAGAAGAAGCUGAUUCGGGUCGUUUACGUAAGCUGUAUAGCACUGCUGAAGCAGCUUAA